UAUAUGCGAGUAGUCGACGUCGACAUAGAGCCACAUAGCACGAGUUUGGAUUUCACACUGUCAGCGCGGUUUUCUUAAAUUAAAAAAAUGAAACCGAAACCAGAAUUGACUACCGAAGCAGCAUGGACUAAGUUGAAACAGUAUUUUGAUAUUAAUGGUUCAAAAAUUAAAAUAUAUGAUCUUUUUCAACAAAAUCCUAAACGCUUCGAAAACUUUAGUCUAGAAAUUCCUACUCCUGAAGAUGGGCCAAUUUUACUUGAUUAUUCUAAGAAUCGGCUUACCGAAGAAGCAUUGCAACUGUUAUUGGAAUUAGCAAGAGCACGUGAAAUAGAAGCCGCAAGAGAUGCCAUGUUUAAUGGAGAGAAAAUUAAUUUCACAGAGAAUAGAGCAGUUUUACAUAUUGCUUUGCGCAAUAGACUUAACAAACCAAUAUUAGUUGAUAAUAAAGAUGUAAUGCCAGAAGUGAAUGCUGUAUUAAAUCACAUGAAACAAUUUACUAAUGAGAUUCUUUCAAAACAAUGGAAAGGUUUUACUGGUAAACCAAUUGAAGAUGUUGUUAAUAUUGGAAUUGGUGGUUCAGAUUUGGGUCCUUUAAUGGUAACUGAAGCAUUAAAGGCAUUUCAUGUUGGACCACAAGUUCAUUUUGUUAGUAACAUAGAUGGAACUCACAUUGCUGAAACUUUGAAAAAGUUGAAUCCAGAAACAACUCUUUUUAUAAUAGCAUCGAAAACAUUUACUACUCAAGAGACGAUUACAAAUGCCACUUCUGCUAAAAUAUGGCUUUUGGAUGCUUUAAAAGAUCCUGCGGCAGUUGCACGUCAUUUUGUUGCAUUGUCUACUAAUAAUCAAAAAGUGAAAGAAUUUGGUAUUGAUGAAAAAAAUAUGUUUGGAUUUUGGGACUGGGUUGGAGGACGUUAUUCGUUAUGGUCAGCUAUUGGUUUAUCAAUCUGUUUGUCUAUUGGAUUUGAAAAUUUUGAAAAGUUAUUGAGCGGUGCAUACUUUAUGGAUCAACAUUUCUGUAGUGCUCCAUUGGAGAAAAAUGCACCAGUUAUAUUAGCUCUUCUUGGAGUAUGGUACCAUAACUUUUACAAAGCUGAAACACAUGCAUUAUUACCAUAUGAUCAGUACUUACAUAGGUUUGCUGCUUAUUUUCAACAAGGAGAUAUGGAAAGUAAUGGAAAAUAUGUUACUCGUGCAGGAAAAAUUGUAAAUUACAGUACUGGUCCAAUUGUAUGGGGAGAACCAGGUACUAAUGGACAACAUGCAUUUUACCAGUUACUACAUCAGGGUACUAGACUUGUCCCUGCUGAUUUUUUAAUACCAAUACAGUCACAUAAUAAGGUUCAAGGAAAUCUCCAUCAUAAAAUAUUGCUUGCAAAUUGUUUUGCACAAACCGAAGCUUUGAUGAAAGGAAAAAAUGAGAACGAAGCACGAACUGAAUUGCAAAAAGCAGGAAUGAAUCCUGAGCAAAUAAAUCUAUUAUUACCACAUAAGAUGUUUGAGGGAAAUAGACCAACCAAUACUAUUCUUCUUAAGAAAAUAACACCUUUUAUUCUUGGAGCUUUGAUUGCAAUGUACGAGCAUAAAAUCUUCGUGCAAGGGAUUAUUUGGGAUAUCAAUUCCUUUGAUCAAUGGGGUGUUGAAUUAGGAAAGCAGUUGGCAAAGGUAAUUGAACCUGAAUUAGAAAGUACUCAAGCAGUUACAAACCAUGAUUCAUCAACAAACGGGUUGAUCGCAUUUGCUAAAAAUCAUAACUCGUAAAAAGUUCCUCAAACGAUAUAAAAUAAAUAAUUGAGGUACAAUAAAGUAGUAAUUGUCAAUUGUUACAAUCAAACACUUGUUAAAGUAUAUACAAGUUGUUAUAGAAAUAUAAUUUUUUAAUGUUCUUUUACUGUUUCUUAUCACAAAUUGUAGUAUCAAGAAAUUUUUAAUCAUAUCAAUACACUUAUUAAAUCAUUGUAAGUGAAAGAUAUAAGAUGACACUGCAAAUUGUUAAAUGAUGAAAAAAUUAUUUAUCGAAAUAAUCUGUUGUUUUAUUUUUGUGAUAUUAUUCUAUAAUUUUUAUAAAUAUGUAUUUAAUAAAUAAUAUAAUCAUA